GAGGGAGUGGGACUUCUUCCUAUAUUAGAAAUUCUUUGAUAGGGUCGAGAAAGCGCAUCCUGAAAGAUUCUUGCUGUUGUCGACGGUAACGUGAGGAGAUAAACGCUAUCCCGGAAAGAAUUGGGAUUUCAAAAUGGCAGAAAGGGUGAAUAACUUUCCUCCACUGCCUCAGUUCAUGAGAAUAAAGCCAUGCUUUUACCACAACAUUGAAGAGGAAAUUCCUGCACCCCACCAGCAGUUGGUUCGCAGAGUCUACACACUUUGGAUGAUGUAUUCUGGCACACUGUGCAUAAAUGUGAUCUCCUGUAUUGCUUGGUGGGCUGGGGGUGGAAAUGCCACAAACUUCGGCUUUUCCCUACUCUGGCUCAUCCUCUUCAGCCCGUGCAGUUACACCUGCUGGUUCAGACCACUCUACAAAGCCUUUAGGGCUGAUAGCUCGUUCAACUUCAUGGCCUUCUUCUUCAUCUUCUUCCUUCAGUGUGUCUUGGCCCUCAUCCAGACUAUAGGUAUCUCUGGUUGGGGAACAUGCGGCUGGAUUGCAACAGUGAUGUUUUUCAGCACAAAUGUGGGCUCCGCUAUAGUGAUGCUUAUCACAACUCUGCUCUUCACUGUGGUGACUGCUUUAAUGGCACUGGUUCUCAUUAAGGUGCACAGAAUGUACCGUGGCGGCGGCGGUAGUUUGGAGCGCGCUCAGGAAGAGUGGAGCACCGGGUUGUGGAAGAGUGCACCAGUGAGGGAAGCAGGGUUUAACGCUGUUGCCCAGGGCCCAAGCUUGCCCCAGUACCCUGCCGCAGUGCCCAGCUAUCCCGACAACAGUCACUGGUGAUAGCGGAGAGUCGCCUCUAGAUGGAGACAGAUAGCUGGUCGUUUCUGUGGUGCACAAGAACGCACUUCAAAAGCACCAGCAUCUCUCUCUUACAUCACAAAAUGCAUAGAAAUGUUUUUUUUGAAUGAGAGGAUUGGAUUGCUAUGAAAAAAAUGUGUUUCCACUAAAGCUCAUUACUACACUUGUCGUAGAGGGUUAUCUACAAACUAUGCCAUUCCAUUUCAACUUUUGUUUACAUAUAGUUUAUUAAAAAUGAAUAAGAGAGAGAACUACAAAUUUUAUGCUCUAAAGUCUUGCGACUAUGCACGUGGAAACGCGAAGAGAGUGAACUGUUUCAGGAUAGCAGUAUGUGAAGGACGUGUGCCUUAUGGAUAGAAUGCUAGAAACCGUAGUGUACUGAAGAACAGGGUGUUUUUUUUCUUUCGCAACAAGAGAACGUCUGCAAACUGCAUGAUUUUUAAUCUGGUGGAAUUCUUUUCUGUGUAUGAGUUGUUUAUUUUUAAUACGCUGUGCUUGGAAUUUCCAUGCUUGCCUGCUUCGGCUGUACUUUCUUGAAAUGCGCCUUAAUACUACUCACAGAUUUUGUAUGAGAAAAAUAUCUUGCUUGACUUUAGCCUUAACAAAUGCUGUUUUUUUGUUAAACUGGACUUAUGCUUCAAUGAAGCAACAUGUGGAAACAUUUUUCAAGUUGUUGUGUUGGUGCGUAAUCCUCCUCUGUGAUUUCUCACUGAGCACUGAUGUGCCAAAAACACUUCAGCCUCUUUCCAUUAUUUUUGAAACUGGAAAAAGUCACACCCAAAGUAUCGCGUUGUACUCAGUUUCUGUAGUUCCAAAGCUACACUGUUUGCUUUUAGUAGUCAGCGCCCGGCCCUGAAAGAACCUUAUCUGCUGUUGUCGAUGUUUUAGUCCCUUUUACUUUCCCACAGAUAGAUUGAAUUUCUGUGUUUGGUGACUGCCGUGUGCUUGCAUGCAGCCUAUCAUGGGAGUGGGACUAAACAGGAUUCUCUUAUUUCAAAUGAACUGACCUCAUGUAACCAAUACAAACAACUCAACUGGCUGGCUGAAAGAUUUACUGCAAAUGGAUCAGCGGUGAAGUGAAAUAUUGCAUUAGAGUAGUCACAGUGUGUUUAAAACAUGACUGAUAUUCAAAGUGUGAACUAAUUUAAUGUCAUUCCAACAAACUUUGGGAAAUAAUCUUAUUAAACCCAUUGAAUGUGGCUUUUUAAUGCAGGUAAUCUACUGUAGCAGCCCAAAUUUUACUUUUGGCUUAAUGAUCCAAAAAGUCUAUAUGAAGUAUAUAAGCACCGAGCGGCAGUAAAAGCUGCUUCACCGGUUGAUUUAUUUUCAUUUUCUUGUUACAAAAGUGUCCUUCAUGGCCAACUGCCAAGAUUAUUAUUUAGAUUUUUCUCUGUUAUUUGAUAAGUGACCAGAUAAAAUGGAUAGAAGUUGAAGUAACCUUCAAAUAUUGCAACAUUUCAAUAAAUACUAUUAUUCCCAA